CGGGAACUUUGCCACGUCAUAGUGUGACGGACGCAGACACCCUCCGUGGUGGUGUGGCUGAGGCCAUUCAAAAAUGAAUCAUUUCGAAAGCGUAUUACAUUGCUUGACCAACCGGUCAACUUGUAGAAGAGUUUAACUACGAAGCUACGUUAAUUUAGCACGGAAAUUCCCCUCUGUCGUCUGUUCUUUCUUGCUGUGUUUACGGUUUCCCAGGCCAAGGUUGUGGAAUGCUGCUGGACGAGACUCCCCUGUUCGAUCCUUCUCUGCUUCAGGAGUUGGACUGGAGCGACAACAGUGUCUCCUUCUCACCCCGCAUCUCCCCCUCCAGCCCAGGCGACGGUCUGGUGCUCAGGCCCCUCUGCACCGCCGACUUCAACAGGGGGUUCUUUAUGGUUCUCUCUGAAUUAACCGAGACAGGUGAUGUGACUGAAGACCAGUUUCUAAAAAAGUUUGAGCACAUGAAAAAAACAGGGGACUACUAUGUAGUGGUGGUGGAGGACACCAAUCUUGGACAAAUUGUGGCCACGGCCACUUUAAUCACAGAGCACAAAUUCGUCCAUUCUUGUGCAAAGAGAGGCCGAGUUGAGGAGGUGGUUGUUAGUGACGUGUGCAGAGGCAAACAGCUGGGAAAACUGUUAAUGUCUACGCUUACUCUUCUCAGUAAAAAACUCAACUGCUAUAAAAUCACACUGGAAUGUGGACCCAAAAAUGUGGCUUUCUACCAAAAGUUUGGUUACUCCGCUUCCGACGAGUCUUACAUGCAGUGUCGGUUUUCCCACUGAAGAACUUUGGGCCUGGAAUGCUGCUUUUCACGUCACCCUCUGACAUCUGCCAAGUAGAACAUUGUGGUUUGGACUGGUCAUUCAGAAGCUUACAGAGUCAUUCUGAGUGUCAUCCUGACAUCAGAGCAGG